CGGAUGCUCGCGAGGAUGGGACAAGAAGCUUCUUCAGGGGAUCGAGUUGAUGGGGUCAGCCGCUUCAGUUCCAUCCCCGAGGUCCGUACGAGCAGUCAAGCCACUCCAUUAGAGACCGAGUGAUCAACCGCGAUUUUGUUUUUUCAUCCUCGUCUCCGAUUCGUCAAGUCCGUGUUCUUUUCAGUGCACUGCAGGAAUCGAGUCGAGUAAAAACGGUUUGGCUGAAGAAAACCUUCGAUAACAUCCACUGUAAACGAUCAAGUUGCAGCCGAUCGAUCGACUGCUAUGGCGGAUCAGCGAAUUUUCACUACUUUGCUCGUGGCAAUAUUGUGGGGAUGCGUAUUGGGCCUGCAGAGACCCGCGCCUAGAUAUUCGCAACAAUUAAUGCCGGACACGUCGUUCACAUGUCAUCACAAAAUCAUUGGAAGUUACUACGCGGACCCAGAAACUGACUGCCAGCUAUUUCACGUGUGCGUUUCGGUAGCCGGAACCGUCCAGGACUACCGGUUUUUGUGUCCCAACGACACCGCGUUCGACCAGGAGAGCCAAACUUGUGCGGAUUGGUACGACGUAGACUGCGAAGCAGCGACGCUUUACUACGCGAGCGACAACUUCGAUCUGUACAGACUGGGAUCGGGUCUUGAGUCGCGGCGUUACGACGGAACGCAAAACGAUCUAGAGCCGCUGGAUCAUCUGCAGCGCAGCGAGUCUAGCGACCCGGUUAGAUCAUCGGUUAAUAAUUUGAACAGGGUUGCCCCUAGCACGAACACGAACAACAACAACAACCGCGACAUCUUGAGGGGAAGCAGCAGCAGCAAUUUCUUUAACAACCGACACAACAGCAAGGAGGACGAUUACGAUAACGAGAAGAUUUACCGCGAACCAGAACAGAGCCAGGCGGAACCGAAGAGGAAAUCGGGAGUGAGAAAAGUCGCGAGGAAGCAACAGUUCAACAGCAACAACAACGUUAUCACACCGACAACCGCCACUCCAUCCACAGCCUUCGACAAUCAGAACAGAAACAACAACCAGAACAGCGGUAGUAGCUACAACCAGAGAAACAACAACCAGAACAACGGUAACUACAACCAGCAGAGAAACUACAACUACAACAACUUCAACCAGAGACAAACACAGACCAACAAUUAUCCCACCUCUUCGUCAGCCCGGCCUUACGUCGAGCAGACCAACAAUUAUCCCACCUCAUCGUCAGCCCGUCCUUACGUUGAACAGACCAACAAUUACCCCCGGAAUAACCAGAACAGAAACUACAACACACCGUCUUCGACCUUCAGACCUGCGACGACCAACGCGUUCCAAGGCAGCAAUUACAAUAACAACAACAACAACAACAACAACAACAACAACAACAACAACAACAACAACAACGAGCAAACUGCGGGGGGCUUCGGUAACUUCGACAGCUCGAAAUUCGGAGCGAGCAAUCAACAGACCACGAACUACGGAAGCACAAUCUUCGACCGAACUCCUGCGGUCACGACGACUGUGAGGUCGACGGACUUCACGGCGAACGUUGCCACCAAGAUUAAGAAGCCCACCGACCAGAGCAGCCCGACUUUUACCAAUCAGUUCAACCAAUUCUCAACACAACCGACGACCCUAAGACCCAGCACGAGCUUCCAGACGACCGACUACACCGGUUACUAUCAGAAAAACUACAACACCAUUCAGAGAACAGCGAACACCGGCGGUACCACGUUCCAGACUUCGACUUUCGCGUCAACCUCCUACGACGACUACUCGGUCACCCCGAGAACCAGCGAGCCCCAGACUGCGAACAAAGUUCAGACCACCAGACAGCAAGAUUUUACUCAAACCACUCAGAGAUUCGCAAACAGCUUUGCGGGUAGCAGCUACAUCCCGACGACCUACAGUCCGGUUACCAAGAAACAAGCGACCAUCGGCAAUGCCAACACCCAAGGCCAGGUGAUCAAUCGAGGGAACGAUCAGUACACCGGGCAGUACGAGAGCGCCAGAACAACGAACAGCGGCCAGUACCGCGAAAGGAACACUCAGCAGACCGAGCAGACCUACGACACCUCGAGGUCCAACGAUAACAGCGGACAGUACAAUCGCGAGGUGGCUACGAAAGCCCCGAAGAAGGUGGCUACGCAGUACAACAACUAUGAAUCUAAGACGAAUUUCGACGGAAGCACCAAGAGCUUCGACAACUUCGACCAAGGCGGAAGAACGGCUUCCGUCAACGGAUUCAGUCCCGCUAGUGUUAACAAGCUCGCGGAGAGUCCCGUCACCGUGAGAGCGACGACUCCCGUUCCGAGGACUGUCUACAAUAACCCAACAACUCAGAGGCCGUCGUCGGCUGCAGCGACCAAUUACGCGUCGCAAACGACGCCGAAUUCAAGAACUGGAAAUUUCGUCAGUGCGACACCGAGGCCGUUCACAUCCACGACAAGGACUGUCGAUCGGCGUCAAGAAUCUACCACGGCAAAAUCGAAGUCGGAAAAGAAGAACGACUACGAUUACGCUUACUACGACAAUGCUGGAGCUUUGGAAUACGACGGUAUUGAUCUGGAACAAGUUGGCGGCUCAAGAGAUACCGCGAAAGUAACAAGAAAUUGAAAUUCAUUAUACGGGUUAUAUUAUACUUGCGGGAAAAAUAGUUAGACGCAGAUUUUUCAAUCCAUGAUAUACAGUCUUAUUCGAUCUAUUCGUACGUAUGGAGAUUCAUACGCAUGCAUUUGAGAUUGCCAAUUGCCAAACUGCGCGAUUUUUAUGAUAAAUAUUUUUUGUCCAGAUGUCAUAUCUGUCGAUUAAUAGAAUACAAUACGCAAACAAUGAUCUGCUGUACUUACAAUUAAGAUAUUUUUGUUAUGUAUGUACGUCUACUACGCUACGUACGAUAAAUAUGUUAUAUGUAUUAUGUCGAUCCACCUAAAAUUAAUUUGAAUUUCAAGAAUAUUAUUAAAUAUGGUUUUUUUAUCGGUAUUUUUAGCUUAGUAUACGCCUGCGCCGAUUGAACUGUGUCCCGACAAACAUACAAUAACAAAUUUUUCACACACAUUCUUUUGUAAAUAGGUCGCUACUACGGCUACCGAGUGUACAUAUUUUAUGUAUUUUAAUAAAAAAGAAAAACAAAAAAAAAA